UCUCAUCAGUCACCAGCUAGUGUUAUUAUUGAGUUCAAUCUUUAUAACUAAUGGAGGGAAAGGAAGAAGACGUGCAGCUAGGAGCCAACAGAUUCACUGAGAGGCAGCCCAUAGGAACCGCCGCCCAAGGCGACAAAGACUACACCGAGCCGCCGCCAGCACCCCUCUUUGAACCCGGCGAACUGACAUCAUGGUCUUUCUACAGGGCAGGGAUAGCCGAAUUCGUGGCCACUUUCCUGUUUCUCUACAUCACGGUCUUGACCGUGAUGGGUGUGGUUAAGGCACCCACCAAGUGUUCCACAGUUGGUAUCCAAGGCAUCGCUUGGGCUUUCGGAGGAAUGAUCUUUGCCCUCGUCUACUGUACCGCCGGCAUUUCAGGAGGACACAUAAAUCCGGCGGUUACAUUUGGAUUGCUACUUGCUAGAAAGUUAUCCUUGACGAGAGCCGUGUUCUACAUGGUCAUGCAAUGCCUGGGGGCUAUAUGCGGCGCCGGCGUGGUGAAAGGGUUCGAGGGUAAGAACCAAUUUACUCUUCUGAAAGGCGGAGCCAAUACUGUUAACCCCGGCUAUACAAAAGGCGACGGUCUGGGUGCAGAGAUCAUGGGCACCUUCGUUCUCGUCUACACCGUUUUCUCAGCCACCGAUGCCAAGCGCAGUGCACGUGAUUCCCACGUCCCUAUCUUGGCGCCAUUGCCAAUUGGGUUUGCUGUGUUUUUGGUGCACUUGGCCACCAUUCCAAUCACCGGUACUGGAAUCAACCCGGCUAGAAGUCUUGGUGCAGCUAUCAUCUAUAAUCAAGAACAUGCCUGGAAUGAUCACUGGGUCUUCUGGGUAGGCCCGUUUAUUGGGGCAGCUUUAGCGGCGCUCUACCACCAAGUCGUGAUUAGAGCCAUUCCCUUCAAGUCCAAGUAAUUACCACUUCACUUCAUGGCUGUUGAUUUAGUGAAUAAAGUCACGUGGUUUAUUUUGUACAGUGAAGAAGAAAGUUUUACUAUAUAUAAAGCCUACAAAAGAUAAGAAAAAAAAAUAAUAUCAUUGGGCUAUUAUUAUAGUUAAACGUUUGUAUCCUGUUUUUUUCCUUUUAUUCUUUCUUUUGUGUUUUCUGGUGGUAUGUUUUUUUUCUUCUUGAAAGCUUCUUGUACACUUCUGCUUCAACCCUAUAAUCAUCGGGUUUCUGCCAA